UAGCCUUUGAUUGGAAUAUAUGUGAGAAGUGCAUGAGUCAAAUAAAUUAUUUUGUUUCAUUUCCUCUCAAAGAGAAAUGUUAUAAUUUUCCAACUUGUAUAUUUAUAAAAUAUUGGGUAAAUUUGAUUUAGUCACCAUUUAGGAGAACACUAGCAUAGAGAGAUGAGUCUAAGGUAACACAAGGCCCUUUCAUUUUAAGGUCUUUUGUGAGUCCACAACAGAACUACAUUUCCUGACACUGCAUGUGACGUCGCGACGUAGGUCACAUGUGCGCUCUGAAUUCCUGAGUGGUUCAACUUACACAGUGAAUGAACCACACUGAGACCCUGUACACAUUACUAAGGCACUGAAGGGCAUUGCAGGAUAUUCCGUUACGUGAAACCUCUCGGGCUCCGUGUAACAAUGGAAGCAUAUUUACGGAGCUGUCGUGACGUGCUUAAGGGUUGUAGUAAGAACAGCCAAGGGCUGCAUGUCGUAUUGGGAAAUGAGGCUUGUGAUAUGGACUCCAUGGUAUCAUCCCUGACCUUUGCCUACUUUCUUUCAAAGAGUCUGGAUUGUAAGAAGAUGCCGGUCCCUGUACUCAACAUCCCACGGGCUGAGUUCCCCUUGCGCUCUGACAGCAGCUUUCUGCUGAGAGAGAGCGGUCUGUCGCAGGACUGCCUGCUGUUCAGGGACGAGGUGGACCUCCACGGCCUGCACAAGAACAAACAACUGAUGCUGACGCUGGUCGACCACAAUAUUCUGCCCAGUGCUGACAGUGAACUGGAAGACGCAGUUGUGGAAGUUAUUGACCAUCACCUCCUCCUGAGGCCCACAUCCCCUUCCUGUCCCGUCACUGUGGAGCCCGUGGGCUCCUGUGCCACCUUGGUGACAGAGCGCAUUGCCCAAAAAGCACCUGAGGUGCUCGACCAACAAGUGGCUCAGCUUUUAUACAGUGCCAUUAUCCGAGACUGUGUUAACAUGGCACCUGAGGCAGGCCAAGUCACCCCUAAGGACAGCCAGUACGCCAUCUUUCUGGAGAACUGUUUUCCCAAACUGCCUCAGAGGGGUGCUCUUUUUCAGUCGCUACAGAAUGCCAAGUUUGAUGUGUCAGGCCUCACCACAGAACAGAUGCUGUUGAAAGACAUGAAAGCAGUGUCUGGCGGGGAUCUAAAAUUAGCCGUCAGUGUCAUUUACAUGUCACUAGAGGCUUUUCUUCAGAGGCGUGGACUACAGCAGGACCUCUGUGAGUUCUGCCACAAACACAACUACAACCUGGUGGUUUGCAUGACAAUCUCUUUCAAUGACAACAAGGAGCCCUUCCGACAGCUAGCCGUCUACAGUUCCAGCACUGUCUACAGGGGAGAGAUGAGUAGAGCACUAGAAAAAGCCAAAAAUAACAUUCUGGACCUUAAGCCAAUGAGCAGUCCAUAUCCAGAUGUGAAGGCCUUUAUACAUUGUAACACAUUAGCUUCCCGCAAGACAGUAAUGCCCAUAAUCACAGACUUCCUGAAGGAGAGGGAAAAGAAAGCGUAUCAAAGUGGGAACAUAGAGGACCUAGAGCUGUACGAUGAUUCCAAUCAGGACCAGAGUGAAUCACAACAAUGUCCCGAGGACGCUGGGAUUGAGGACGAUACCCAAAUUCCUCCAACGCCAAUGAACAGUCUGGUGGAGGGUUGUCCCUUAGACAAUGGCCUACCAAAAAUUAGUCCUGAGGUUUUGGUGGAGAAAGUUAGCAAGAUUGCCAGCAUGGAGGACACGUCUCCUGAGGACCAGUGAUGAGAAACUGUUGUCCAAGAGAGUCUUGAAUAAGAGCUGGAGAAGGAAAGUUCUUUUGCAUCUUCAAGAGGAUGAAGUGCAUAUCCAACAGUGCUGCAUUAGGGCAUGAGAAUUGACUCACAAAAGUACGAUAGUCUGAAGAGACCAUUCUGUUGACUUUCUAAGGACUGGUUUAUGAUCAUGAUCGAAUGGAGCAUUACAUAAAUGCAUUAUAUGUACAAUGUUUAAAGUUUGGCUACUGUAAAAACAAAAUUCUGCUUUAGGCUGUUUAUUUAUUGUUCACAGUCAUAUUCAUGUUUGAUCUUCUAAAAUAAUCAGAAGUCUCAUUAAGACAUAUAAACACAUUAUCUAAAAUUGACAAUCAGCACCCAGUGCAAGCUAGCUACUGACAGUGCAUAAUGCAUUUCUGGUAUUAUACAAUUAAUUAUAACAUGGUAGCUAGCUAUCGUUGCUUUUGAUGCCAAUAACAUUCUUAAUUCUUCGUGGAGUUAUUUUCAACUUGUCUGCAGAUCACCUCUGGGGCAUGGCAUUGAUUUGCCUAGAAAAUCUUUUACUUCUCCCUUGAUUUGUAAAAGCUAAUGGAAAUUGCAUUUACAAUAUCACACUCUCAGUAUAAUCCUAGCAGGCGAGCAAUUUUUUUAAUCUCGUGGAUACUGAGCUAAACUACCAGUAACCCUCUCUGUGGCCUUUUGCAUGUUAUAGGUGUUAACUGACCUGCUUCCGCUUCGAAUCAGGGCACCUGCAUUUUAGUCAUUGAGAUUUUACCAUUAACUAACAAAGACCGCAGUUUGUGUGUGAGGUAUGUUAAACGUUUGAUCAUUUGAGAUUUAGAGCUUCAGUAUUCUGUU